AUGUCCUCUCUCCACUCCCUUCUCCGAUCUCUUUGCCUUCUCUUUCUCCUCCUCCAAUUCACAAACGCUGACCGCAAACAACCAAACAUCAUUCUCAUCCUGACCGAUGAUCAAGACCAGAAACUCCAAUCCCUUGAUUACAUGCCACUUCUCAAGAAGUAUAUUGCUGAUCAAGGAACCACUUUCAACAAACACUAUUGCACGGUGUCCAUCUGUUGUCCAUCGAGGGUCAAUUUGUUGACGGGAAGGGCGGCUCACAAUACUAAUGUGACAGAUGUUAUUCCUCCCUUUGGUGGAUAUCCAAAGUUCAUAGCCGAGGGUCUGAACGAGAACAAUCUGCCUGUUUGGCUUCAACAAGCUGGCUACAACACCUACUACGUUGGCAAAUACCUCAAUGGACAUACGCUUGAUAACUACAACAAACCACUCGCCAAAGGUUUCACCGGAUCUGAGUUUCUCCUCGACCCUUCCACCUAUCAAUACUACAAUGCUUCCAUGUCCCGAAAUGGUGGUAUACCAGUCAAUUACCCAGGACAAUAUUCAAACGAUCUCGUCGCCAACAAAGCAUACGAUUUCCUCGACGAUGCCAUCGCUGCUGGCAAGCCCUUCUUUCUAGGCAUAGCACCUAUAGGACCACACAGCGAAUUCCAAUUCGCAACCUUAGAAGCAUCCGCUCCUCAAUACCCCCCUCGCCACGCCAACCUCUUCAACACCAUCACCGUCCCUCGAACCCCCAACUUCAAUCCCUCCACCCCCGGCGGCACCUCAUGGAUCUCCACACUCCCCCCUCUAACACCCGAAGCCCUCGCCUACGGCGACACUUUCUACCGCGCGCGUCUCCGCUCCCUGCAAUCCAUCGACGAAAUGAUCGAGUCCCUCACGCUCCGCCUAAACACAAAGAAACUUCUCGAAAACACCUACAUAAUCUAUACCUCCGACAACGGCUUCCACAUCUCCCAACACCGUCUGCCCCCCGGAAAGAACUGCGGCUUCGAGGAAGACAUCAACAUCCCCCUCUUAAUCCGCGGUCCAGGCGUGUCCAAAGGCGUGUCCACCCAAAAAGUAAGCUCCCACACCGACAUCGCGCCUACAAUCAUGUCUCUCGCUCUCGGCAAGAACGGAUUAGACGGGCAUGGCUUCGACGGGAAGCCCAUCUCGCUCGACAUCAAAGAGGAAGGCGGCAGCGAUAGCGUCAAUAUCGAGUAUUGGGGGCGCGCCUUACCAGAGGGUGAUUUCGCAGCACAGCUGUUUUACGGGAAUAACACGUAUAAAGCGGUACGUAUCAUGGGAGAAGGAUAUAGUUAUUACUACGCCGUGUGGUGUACGAAUGAGAGGGAGUUGUAUGAUAUGUUGGCCGACCCCUACCAACUAACCAACCUCGCCCUCCCCAUCCCUUCCCCCAAUCCUGUCCCUAGCCCAUCAUCCACCCCCCGCACCCCCUCCCCGCCCUCCUAA